GAUCCACAAUACCUCAGUAACUUAUAAAUCGUUCCAAUUCUGGGGUAAAGACGAAUGAAUGACAUCGAUGCCCUUUGCAUCAUUCACUCCCUCUUCCGCCAUCGCAAUCCAACCUUUUCCCUCCUCCGUAGUAUUAUCACUCCAAGACCUCUCCCCUCUCCUCUCCUCCCCUCCACCCCUCCUCCCCUCCUCCCCUUCUCCCCGUCCGUCUCCCUCUUCCCUCGUAACCAUCGCCCCGUCUUCCCUCGCAUGUUGGGGGCCAUAGCUUAUUCAGUUAAACGCGAUCCCGUGGCUAACAAUUAACCUAAACCAAAGUAGCUCUUACCCUAAAACUACCUAAUUCCCUUGUACAACAAAAUAGAAAUUAGGAUGGCGACAACAUCUUACAUUCAAUCUCGAUCAUGUCAACAGUGUCAUCUAGUUUAUCUUCAGUUGUAGCAGGUCAAGGUAAUUUUGGUCAUUUUCACAUCAAUCGAUUUGUUGACACCGAUAUCGUUAAUGCGACCGAGCUCCAUUCUAAAAUACAACCACCCAACGCGAAUCAAGUUAGUAAAUUCGCUCUCGACAUCACAUCCACCACGAAGAAUUCGAUGGCACAAUCAUCGCGCCCUGCGUCGGGUCAGAAUACCACGGAUCUCACACCUACAGUUGCUCCUGGUAAAACAAUACAGAAAGAUCAGUCAACGUCCUCGCCGAGGGGCGGUUUCGGCGCGUUGCCAUUGGAGUUGGUGGAAUUGAAUUCGAACCAGGCUACCGAUGGAGUUCUAGGUCCCAAUAAAGACGGCAGGGUUCGGAAUCCCGUCCCAUCCAAGCUAAAAGGCAAGACCGAUAAUAAAAAGGGCAACUUCGGUGUGAUGCAUAUGGGAGCUAGUACGCCAGGAAAGAAAGAGGCACCAGGGAAGGAUGCUUCAGCUGAACGUGAUGCUGCAGCAAGAAGGACGAGCGAGAAUACCGCGUCACGAGCGAAAGCUGCUGCCAAUGAAAAAUAUGCUCCUCCGAAGAAGAGGGGACUCGAGGCGGCGAAAAAUGAAGGUGGGAAUCGCGCGUCGCCGUUUGCUUCACGAGAUGAUCACAAACAACGUGCGAGGCCGCUAACUCCGGAUGAGACUAAAUACGAGCAAGCGCGAUUGUUGACAUUAUUAAGAAGCAUCAAUCCAGUUACUGUUGUCGAUCAGGUUUGUAAAGCAGUGGCAUAUUUUGGGGGUAUACCUGGUGCACCACCACCAGAAGAUGGUAUCUUUCCUGAAAGUGCGAAUACUAGAGAGACUGGAGCAUUAUUUAUAGGAUGGCUGGCAGAAAUAUUUCCCGAUCUUUCGGCCAACCCUGAACCACCACCAAUACCAAGGCCACAAGAACCACCAUCUGCCAAGGGAAAGAGGGGUCGUGGAAGACCACCGAGAGAUUCGAAAGGUCCAGAGAAUGGCACAUCCGAAGCGCCUGGUCCCGCAAACGGUUUUGGAUUCGGCCCUGCUGUUCAAGCUCCAACUUGGGGAUUGCCUCAAUCCGUAGCUCUAGUUAAUACUGCACCCCCGAUGGCAGCUCCACCAAUACCGGUAACAGCAGCAGCGGCACCACUUCCAUCAGCGGCAAUGGCGAGUCCAAGCUUUAGUCGACCAAUUCAGGCAGAGUCAGAUCGACCAGCCACUCCCCUCAAGGGAAAAAUCGAUAAUCAUGCUCCUGAUACCGAAUCUACAAGCAAGCGAAGAAGAGGUAGACCUAAAGGCUCAAGAAACAAGGGAAAGGAAGUACCAGCGGGGAUUGAGAAUCCUGGGGGAUCGAAUAAUGUCGAUACUACUAUAGCAGAUCCAGCACCAUCGGAACAAAAUGUCCAGCAAAAACCCGCAGCAGUUGCAAAGAUGGUAGCUGAUAAGCCCGUUUCUACGAAGGAAUCACCAAUUGUCCCAGUGACAGACGCAAACAAUAAAAAUGGCCAGCCACAACUCACAUACUCGGCAGAACAUUGGAACCCAGACUCGAAUAAUAACCAUAAUCAUACUUCUUCAAUUCUCCCACCAGAUCAAUAUAGCCCCGAGGAACGUGCCGUUAUCGAAGCAUUUCAAACACCUGCAGAAGGCCCUACUGGUUUCAAUUCGACCCAAGGAACACCUGUAAACAACGGCACCCCCACAACUGGCGGCACAAAACGAAAGCGUGGUCCCAAUAAGCCUAAAACUGUUCCAAUGACUGCAUCUCAAAACAUGUCAGGAUCGCAAUCACAAACUAGUCAUACUUCAAAGAACAUCAGUCCUCUACCCGCGCCUGCUGAAAUUCCCGUCGUGCAAAAAGAUACCUCCACUGUGCAAUGGGAAUCCGUACCUCCAAUGGUUGAAACUCUUGUCCCACCACCUCCUAAACGGCAGCGAAAGCCAAAGGUUCCUGGAACCAAUGGUCCUUCCACUGGCAAAAAACCCGGUUCAUCGGUUGUUAGUAAUGCUACACCUCCUAUCCCACCAAGUUCUAUCCCAGAUUCCCCGGCUACUUCAGUACAAAGCAUUCAACAGACGCAACAAAAUACACCUGUAACUCGACCUGCCGAUGGAUUGGAAGCUCAUUAUGCUCGAUUUCAACAAGACCUUGGACAACAAAAUGGGCGCAGUAUUACUCCUACAACUUCAACAAUCACACCUCAGGGACGUCAACAUCAAAAAUCUGCAUCGAUUCCACAAUCAACACCACAACAAAUGACCCAGCAAACUCCUCAACAGCCUCAGCAAGUUCAAAUGCAACAUCAAACCUCACAGCAAGGCCAUCCACGCGAUGAUCAGACUCAAAAAAUGACACAAAAUGUUCCGAGAAACGCUUCGAAUAGUUAUUUCCCCAAUCAUGGUGGUACUAAUUAUGUCUCACAAUAUUCCUCAAAUCCGCAAGCAAACCAACGAUAUAGCGCUCACCAACCAUCGCCUCAGAUGGGCAACAGCUACCGAGCUGCUACCAUGACCCAAGCCUCGCCACAAUUUGCACAUGCCGAAAAUUCUUACCGGACAGCUAGUCCUCACACCAUAGCUCAAUCAUCACCUUCUUUCUCUCAACCUGAUACGUCAUAUCGAACUUCAUCUUCCAUCGCUAAUCCUUCACCAACUUAUUCGCAACCCGAAGCAUCUUAUAACCCUCGCACAACUUCUAUUGCUACUGCAACUCCAUCCUACUCCCAACCUGAUUACAAACCUUCCGCUUUGAAUCAAACCUCCUCCUAUACUCGUGCAACCCCAACCACUCAUCAACAACAAUCUUAUAACCAAUACGCAGAUCCUUCUUACAUUGAUCUUCCCACUCUCGACCUUCCUACCUUGGGUCAUACAUCCGCGUCUGCUUAUGGUCAAACGAACAUGAAUAGUUUAGGUGGUGGCAGUUCGAGAAGUAAUGCAAAUACAAACAGUAUUUAUGGUACGAGCUCUGGAUUGGGCAACGCAUUUGAUGGGGGCGCGAAUGAUUUAUUAAGGAAUAAUAGGGCAGGAAGUGGAAGUUACGGGGCAGGUGGUAGUGCAGGUGGUUUUGAUGGGGGCGAGGAAAUGAGGCAGAGGUUAAUGAAGGGUAUGUUGGGAAGAGACAGAUGAGAAUUUCAUCCGCAAAACAAUUCUUCCUGGCGAGAAGUUGAUUUGCCAUGAAAUUUCGGGGAUGAGUGGAUGACAAGCCUACUCAUGAUCGAUCAUUAACGACAUAUUCACUGGACUUGAAGAUAAUACUUCAAUAAUCUACUUAAUACGAUGAAUCAACGGAUCAAAUCAGGUUCCCCUUUUAAGCCGAAUCUGAAGAUCAGUUACGAGAAAGCUGGGAAGGCCCGUUCUCGAAUUUUUACCUUUGUUUUGAGAGGGGUUUCGGAAUUUGAUGAUGAAUCCUCGUGGUACUUGAGAUGGCAUGUACGCGGGGUAUUUGGUCUGUUGUGAAUGGAAAGUGGCACGUACGAAAUAGGAAAUGUGAAAAAAGACUUUCAUUUUGUUCUCUUGGUGUGUACUUGUGCAGAUGAAGUCGAAGAUUUUGUUUGGGGGAUGCGAGAUAUGUUGGAAUGGGAUAGGAUCUGCUAGGCCGAGAUGGCAUGGGAUGGGAGUGAAUGGAUAUCAAGUACAUUUUUUUUUCCUUUACACUGAGUUACAUUUGUUUCUUUUGAGAUUGGGGGGUUACUCUUUUUUUUUCCGAGGGAAUUGGAUGAUAAAGCAAAUGGAAUGGAAAGGAAUGAAAUGGAGGGAGAUGGAUGGAUUGGUGGAUAUGUGGGUGGUACUGUGGGUGCUUAAAGGGACAUUUAUUAAAGCAGUAAUGAUACCAUUUUGAUUUCGUGCAUAUUGCCUGUCGAACUUGUUUCGUCUGCUUUACCUGCGGUGUUUUUGAUUUGUCUCGUUUUGAUACGCUUUGAUUUGGGUGUUGAGAUGUGUUCUGUUGGGGUUUCUGGAGUGGAGUGAUGGGGGAAUUAUGAAGGAACUAUUUGAGUGGGAUAUUUGAAGGAAUUUGAUCACAAGAUGAGGGAGAAGAUCUAAGAAGAGGGGGCGAGAGAAAGUGCUAGAAGGGUGUUAGAUAGCUACUGUUGGUUAUAAUAUAGUUCAGUGAGUAUCA